AUGUAUAACGGCGUGCUGACACUUAAGCUGCCUAGGGGCGUAGAGAUCGUCGGGUUCGCGGACGACAUUGUCAUAACGGUGUUGGGAGAGACGCCGGAAGAGGUGGAAAUGUUGGUGACGGAGGCGAUCGACAGGAUUGAAAACUGGAUGCAAGGAGUGAAGUUGCAGAUCGCCCAUCAUAAAACGGAGGUGCUAUUGGUCAACAACUGCAAAGUACUGCAGCGAGCAGAAAUCACUGCCGGGGAGCAUGUCAUAGUCUCGAAGCGGGCGUUGAAACAGCUGGGCGUAAUGAUAGAUGACCGACUGAACUUCAACAACCACGUUGACUAUGCUUGCGAGAGGGCGACUAAAGCUAUAAACGCUUUAUCCAGAAACAUGCCGAACAACGCGGGGCCAUGCAGCAGCAAGAGGCGUCUUCUAGCCAGCGUAUCAUCGUCGAUACUGAGGUACGGAGGCCCGGUCUGGGCUACUGCGCUGGAGACACAGCUGAAUCGAGCAAAGCUGAGUAGUACGUUCCGGCUCAUGGCCAUGCGGGUCGCGAGCGUGUACAGGACCGUCUCUUCAGAUGCAGUCUGCAUUAUCGCUGGAAUGAUCCCUAUCGGCAUCAUCCUAGUGGAAGAUAACGAAUGCUACAAGCGGAAGGGGACCAGGGGAAUACGGAAAACAAUGAGAGCUGACUCGAUGGCCAAAUUGCAGCAUGAUUGGGACUCGUCGAAAAAAGGAAGUUGGACUCACAGACUCAUACCGGUUCUCUCGACCUGGGUAAAUAGGAGGCAUGGCUAA